AUGGCUUUAAUGACUGCCUUGCUGAACAGUGCUUAUUUACAUGGCAGAUGCUGCAGGCACAAGGUUUUGCACCCCUCACUUGGACCUCUCCUCAACAACUCCAUGUCAAAAUUGUAUAGCAGCUACAGAAGGCCAGGGACACAGCCUGAGAAAAAAAAGUUUUGGCAAAAUGUUGAUUUAAGUUUUAAGAAGAGCAUUGAUGUCCUAAAGACUCAGCUAAGCAUGCUGAAGAAGGAGACUGAAGAUUACUUAGUAGGACCUGGGGGCCAUCCACUCAGUCGUUACCUGUUGGAACAGACAAGGGUGUUGUGGGAGUUCCGGAGCCAAGAAGAUUUAAAUAAAUGGGUUAUUUCCUCUGAUGUAGAGAUUGGGGGAAAAAGUGAAGUUUACCUCAAAUUGGGUAGGAAUGACCAGGCUGCCCUGCUAUAUGGAACCCUCAAUACGGAAGUACCUCGUGACGGGGAAACCAAAUACAGUGGAUAUUGUAGUAUGAGAUCCAAACCACUCAGGGGGUCUUUUGCUAGGAAGAAGUAUUAUGACUGGUCCAACUUCAACAGUCUGUAUUUACGUGUCCGUGGUGAUGGCAGACCUUGGAUGGUAAACAUUUAUACAGACCCUUACUUCUCUCAUCACAAAGAUGACCUCUACAACUACUUCAUGUUCACCCGAGGAGGCCCAUAUUGGGAGGAAAUAAAGAUUCCAUUCUCCAAGUUCUUUCUGUCCAGUCGGGGAAGAGUCCAGGAUAGCCAGCAUCCCAUCUGGUUAGACAAGGUUAGUACCCUUGGAUUCACAAUUGGAGAUAAAGUAGAUGGUCCAUUCCAGCUGGAGAUUGAUUUUAUUGGUCUGCUAAACGACAGAGCUCAUACAGAAGAAUUUGCCUAUGAAACAUAUGAAAAGAAUCCUCCAGCCUAG